UCCCGGAAGGACGAGGCGUUUCCAGCCCGUCCUGUCUGCCGCUCGGCCACGGUCACUGCCAAAUUUCUCCGCCCAAGAGAGACGGGGAGGGGAGGGAGAAGAGAAGGCUCCGCAACCCCCUCCUUUUCAACCUUUUUCCUAAACAUAACCGGAUGAUUUAAUAUCCAGCUAGCUAUGUUUGCAAAGCGGCUGCGUCGGACGUGAUACUUAUUCGUUAUUUCGUGUCGGUUUUUCGGUUGCUAGCUAAGCAGGCUAGCUUGUUGGCUACGUGCGAUAAUCACUUUUUAACGAAUAUUUUCUUCUCCAUCGGCGCCGCGAUUGGAAAUCCGCUGGAUUGUGGCUAGCUGUGUUUUUUUUCUUCGUGUUGUUUGAUCAUCGAAAUAAUUAACCGGCAGUCCAGCCGAGCAGAAAAAAGAACGGGGCCGUGAUAAUCUUAAUAGUCAGCUAACGUUUGGCUAGCUAAAAACACAGCUACGCUAGCUCGAUCUAUCACACUGGAACCAUAAAACCGGAUCCCCUGGAAGAGCAAAACUCCUCAGCGGUUGUUUCGUCUCCGGGUCUGGGACACACGGGAGCUCAACAUCGGAGGGGGGAGAGCGAAAAUGCUGCCCAGCGCCUGCGUCUCGACGCGAAGUUACCAAGUCCCUCCGCAACGAAACGGCCUGGUCUGACAAAAAGGGAGAGGAAUUUCGUGAUCGCACUUGUAAGAACGAACACAUAAGAUUUCGCAUAACGUUAUGCGAAGAGUUUUUUUUUUGUAAAUAAUUAGUGUAACGUAAUUACUGUUAUUAUUUUUGAACUCGAAGGCCUUUUCUUGGAACGGAGUCAAAUCCAGGCUUUCAGGGACGUAUUGCAAAGGUUGAGUCCCAACAUUGACUGUCUGAAUUCAGGUAGUUAUAGCUGGCUAUACUAGCGAUCUGAUUCCGUUAUUUCGAUUAAGGGCGCUUUAUUUUGUUUUAGGAGAAUUGCUCGGUUUAUCUAGCCAGCUAAAAUACAGAAGAAAUAUAGAACAAGCGAGUAACAAUCGUGACCAACAUGGGUUUGAUCGCAACCUAUCCAGACAUUCAUUAGCUAGAACAUAAAAUAAAUCGAUGUGUCCGAGCAGUGUAACUGCAGCAUUUUUUGUUUUUGGGCUUAGCAAAUAUUAAGGAUUUCUUGUUUACCUCAGAUUAAAAUAUAGCCAACAAUCUAGCUAACCCAGAAGAAAAUAGUACAUGGUUACUGCUGUUUUGAAAACGGGAUUGGAAGACCAUUAACCAGGAGAUAGCGAGCUCAAGACAUGCGUCCCUUUCCUAUAUUCAUUUUUUUAUUUGCAUCCUUCUGGGUAUCGCCGUCUGAGCGAAUGACCUGGGAUUGAAAAAAGGACUGAAAGAGGCGGAAAAAAACGAAAACUUUUCGGAGGAGCAGCUUGCUCCGGCGGAACCGGAGUACAUCGACGAUGAUGACGGUGGUGGGCCGAAUGUCGGUGCUGGCGUUGGGGCUGUGUGCCGUGCUUCUGCUCAGCCCGGUUGCUGCUGCGCAGAGUGAGGAGCGGGAGUGCGCCUUCAAUGACCAGCAGCAGCAGUUUGACGAGCAGCACGUGGGCGGGGAGGGCCGGGUCUCCCGGGAAAACACCACCGUGCGCUGCAGCAAGGGCAGCCGCUGCUACGGCCUGUGGGAGAAGACCCGCGACGGGGACAUCCGGCUGGUCAAGCAGGGCUGCUGGACUCACAUCGGGGACCAGCAGGACUGCCACGAUGACCGCUGCGUGGUGACCACCACCCCCUCCCUCAUCCAGAACGGCACCUACCGAUUCUGCUGCUGCAGCACCGACAUGUGCAACGUCAACUUCACCGAGGACUUCCCCCCGCCCACGCCCACCAGCGCCCAGCCGCUCUACCCGCGGCCGCUGUACCGGGAGGAGACCAUCGUCAUCGCCCUGGCGUCCGUCUCCAUAGUGGCCAUCCUCAUCGUCGCGCUCUUCUUUGGCUACCGCAUGCUGACAGGAGAUCGUAAGCAGGGCCUCCACAACAUGGACAUGAUGGAGGCGGCGGCGUCAGAGCCCUCGCUGGACCUGGACAGCCUGAAGCUGCUCGAGCUGAUUGGCCGAGGCCGCUACGGCUCGGUGUACAAGGGCUCCCUGGACGAGCGGCCGGUGGCGGUGAAGGUGUUCACCUACGCCAACCGGCAGAACUUCAUCAAUGAGCGCGCCAUCUACCGCGUGCCGCUGCUGGAGCACGACAACAUCGCCCGCUUCAUCGUGGGCGACGAGCGGCUCACCGCCGACGGCCGCAUGGAGUACCUGCUGGUCAUGGAGUACUACCCUCACGGCUCCCUCUGCCGCUACCUGAGCCUUCAGACGGGCGACUGGGCCAGCUGCUGCCGCAUGGCCCACUCCCUCACCCGCGGCCUGGCCUACCUGCACACCGAGCUGCUGAGAGGAGACGUCUACAAGCCGGCGGUGUCGCACCGGGACCUGAACAGCCGGAACGUGCUGGUGAAGAAUGACGGCACGUGUGUGAUCAGCGACUUCGGCCUGUCCAUGAAGCUGACGGGGAACCGGCUGGUGCGGCCCGGCGAGGAGGAGAACGCCGCCAUCAGCGAGGUGGGGACGAUCCGCUACAUGGCGCCGGAGGUGCUGGAGGGGGCGGUGAACCUGCGGGACUGCGAGUCGGCGCUCAAGCAGGUGGACAUGUACGCCAUCGGCCUCAUCUACUGGGAGAUCUUCAUGCGCUGCACCGACCUCUUCCCAGGGGAGACCGUGCCCGAGUACCAGAUGGCCUUCCAGGCCGAGGCGGGGAACCACCCCUCCUUCGAAGACAUGCAGGUGCUGGUGUCCCGCGAGAAGCAGCGGCCCAAGUUCCCCGAGGCCUGGAAGGAGAACAGCCUGGCGGUGCGGUCCCUGAAGGAGACGAUGGAGGACUGCUGGGAUCAGGACGCCGAGGCGCGGCUCACGGCGCAGUGCGCAGAGGAGCGCAUGGCGGAGCUGCUGCUCAUCUGGGACAGGAACAAAUCUGUCAGCCCCACCGUCAACCCCAUGAGCACGGCACUGCAGAACGAGAGGAACCUGUCCCACAACCGCCGGGUGCCGAAGAUGGGGCCCUACCCGGACUACUCCUCCUCCUCCUACAUCGAGGAUCACGAGGGCGUGGUCAAGAACCUGCCCGGCGACAUCUCCACCUCGGGGACGUCCUCGGUGGGCGGGGUCGGGGGCAGUGGCGUGGGUGGCGGGGGCGGGGGGACGUCGGUGGGAGGAGAGAAGAACCGCAACUCCAUCAACUACGAGCGGCAGCAGGCCCAGGCCCAGGCCCAAGCCCAGGCCCGGCUGCCCAGCCCGGAGACCAGUGGCACCAGCCUGUCCGCCACCACCACCACCACCGGCCUCACCCCCAGCACCGUCAUGACCACCAUCUCCGAGUCGGGCUACCCUGAGGAGGGGGGGCCCCCGGGGGGCGGAGCCAUGCCCGUCUGCCUGCAGCUCACCGAGGAGGACCUGGAGACCACCAAGCUGGACCCCAAGGAGGUGGACAAGAACCUGAAGGAGAGCUCGGACGAGAACCUGAUGGAGCACUCCCAGAAGCAGUUCAGCGCCCCCGACCCGCUCAGCUCGGGCACAUCCAGCCUGCUCUACCCCCUCAUCAAGCUGGCGGCCGAGGUGACGGGGGGCGGGGUCGGAGGGGGCACGGGCGGGGUGGGGCAGGCCGAGUUCGGCGCUGGGCCGGGCGACGGGCCUGUGUUCCCCCUGCCCAAGCAACAGAACCUGCCCAAGCGGCCCACCAGCCUGCCUCUGGGCACCAAGACAGCCGGAAAAGAGUCCUCCUCCCGCCUCAAAUUCGGCAAGCACAGCAAGUCCAACCUGAAGCAGGUGGAGACGGGCGUGGCCAAGAUGAACACCGUCCCGGCCGCCGAGCCGCACUUGGUGACCGUCACCAACAACGGGAGGGGUGGGGCGGGCGCGGCGCCGGCGGUGGUCAACGGCUACGGGGGCGGGGCCUCGUCCGGCGGCGGCGGGCAGUACGGGAACACCAACCCGGCGGGGCCCCAGGGCGAGGGCCCGGCGGCCCUGCUGCAGAGCCAGCUGAGCGGUGAGGACAGCCGCAUCAACAUCAACUCCAGCCCCGACGAGCACGAGCCGCUGCUGCGGAGGGAGCAGCCGGCCGCCCGCGAUCUCCUGCACCACCACCACACGGGACGCUCCAACUCCAACAACAACAACAACAGCGCCGCUGGCCCCCCCGCCGAGUGCCCCGCCCCCGUCCCUGCCCCCGUCCCCGCCCUCGCGCCCCCCGAACCGCAGCAGGAGGCUCCGCUGAGGCAGCCCAAACCCAGGAGAGCAGAGCGGCCCACUUCCCUGGACCUGUCUGCCACCACUCUGCUGGGUGAGGGGACGUCGCAGGACGGGAAGGGCGGAUCGGGCGACAAGAUCAAGAAGCGCGUGAAGACGCCGUACUCCCUGAAGCGCUGGCGGCCCUCCACCUGGGUCAUCUCCACAGACGCCGUGGACAGCGAGGUCAACAACAAUGGCCAUGCUCUCCACGGCCAGAACCAGGCCCAGCCCUGCGCCAGCCGGUCCAAAUCCAGCACCGCUGUGUUCUUGGUCGGAGGCGGAACGGCCACUGCCACCUUGACCUCUGACCCCCCUGGCAUGACCUGCCUGUAAACUGUGACCCCGAGGUCAGCUCGGAAGGGGGGGAGGGGGCAAAGUGUGUGACAGCAUUUUGUUGUGUUCCCAGCAGUCUUUUUUCCCAAAAUCUGAUUCAAAUUUAGUAAAAAAAAAAAAAGGAAAAAAGAAGAAAAAAAGAUUAUUGGAAAGAAGAAAAGACUAUCGAGAGAAAAUAUCAAGCGCUUACUUUCAUAGGUCACCUCCUGUACUUCAACUUUCUUCGAAGAAAUUGCUUUAAACAGAACCCAGCUAUGCAGCAAUGUCGGCUCAAAAUACUUCCAUUAUAUGUGUCGUUCCUCCAUUUUAAUUUUAGCGUAUCUAUGUAUGUGUGUCUAUUUGAAGUGUUUCUUGUUUUAUCGUUGCACUUUUAAAUAAGUAAUCUUAAUCGCACAGUCUGUCUCCUGUGACCACGCAAAAAAAAAAGUGGUCUUAAAAAUUAGAAGAGGGAAAACCGUGAUAAUGUAUUGAUUUCACAAUCAAAAGUUAGACUGCUCAUAUAGACUUAUGUCAAUCAGAAUGCAUAUGUCCAUAUGUAAAAUGGUCCGUAAUCGAAAAGCUGUGGUCUUUAAGACAGGGUUGACUGCAAUGACAUUGUUUCUCCAUUUUUUUUUUUUACCUUAUGCAAA